GCAGGGAACAUAAUUUUGAGAAGUAUGAUGACAGCUACAUCACUGAUCUGAACACCCCCUAUGACUAUGAAUCAGUGAUGCACUAUGGACCAUUUUCAUUCAACAAAAAUGACAGCAUCCCCACAAUCACAGCGAAGAUACCAGCAUUUGAUAACAUCAUUGGACAGCGUCUAGACAUCAGUGCCAUUGACCUGGAAAGACUCAAUCGCAUGUAUAACUGCACUUCAACACACACUCUUUUGGACCAGUGUGCUUUUGAGUUUGAAAAUAUCUGUGGUAUGAUUCAAGGUACCAGAGAUGACCUAGACUGGGUCCAUCAGCAGAGCAGUGCUACAGGGCAAGACGACCACACACUUUCUGGGCGUUGUGAAGAUGCUGGCUAUUUCAUGUACUUCGACAAUCUGCUUCACCUCAAUAAUACUGAAGUCUCUGUUGAGCCUGCACAAUCUGCCAUCACGGAAGGCCUCAUUCUUGAACGGCAGAAGAGAGCAGCCCACGAUAUUGAGCCUGUUCAAGACUGGCUUCCUUACCUGCAGGACCCAUGUAACCCCAAUCCUUGCCAGAAUGAUGGAGUCUGUGUGAAUAUGAAAGGGAAAGCAAGCUGCAGGUGCCCAUCAGGACAAGCCUUCUUCUUUACUGGUGAGAGAUGUCAGUCAAUGCAGGUCCACGGAAACAUCCUGGGACUGACAGUUGGUGGAAUUGCUGGAACCAUUGUCCUAACCAUCGUCCUCGUUUCCAUGAUGGCUAGAAGAUAAACAGCUGCAGGAAGAUAAAGCUCAGACCCAUAUUUUUCAAGAGUUCAAAAGACAUCAGUUUGCACUG